CGGGCUCCGACCGAACCGUUCUCAUUCUUUUCUAUUAUCGCCAGGCAUUGAAUUCUGGCUAUUGUUAUAUACAAUGGUUGACGCCGGAAGUGUUGUUCUCUUAAUUGUCGGGUUGAUUAUUACUCAUCUUAUCACGAAUCGAUUCUGUCUGUCUGGAAUUCCGGGCCCCUCGCUGGCAGCCUACACUCGACUGUGGAAGCUGUACAAGGCAUGGAAGGGCGACCACCAUCACACGGAGAUUGACCUUCACCGGAAAUAUGGCUCUUUGGUACGAAUCGGCCCCAGACAUAUCUCAGUGAGCGACCCUAAGGCCAUCCCGAUCAUCUAUGGCAUUAAUAAUGGCUUUACCAAGGUAGGUCAGUUUGCAAGUCCUUCUAUCCCAGAGGUAACCAUCUCCAGACGGCUUUCUAUCCGAUUCAAUCCAUAUCGUGGGACAAGAAACCUCAAAUGAACCUCUUUUCUACUCGAGACGAGCGUUUCCAUCGUGACCAGAAACGUCCUGUUGCCGGUGCUUACAGUAUGACCUCUAUCCUCGAAAUGGAGUCUGCUGUCGACUCGUGCACCGAGCUGUUUCUGUCCCAGAUCCGAAAGAUGGUGACGGAAAAGGCGCCGAUUGACCUCGGGGUAUGGCUGCAAUACUACGCCUUCGACGUUGUUGGCGAGCUGUCUUUCGCUCAGAAGCUAGGCUUCUUGGAGAAAGGCCAGGAUGUAGACAAUAUGAUUGAGGCAAUCCAGGGAAUGCUCACAUAUGCGUUGAUAUGCGGCCAGAUCCCGGAGGCUCACAAAGUCCUCCUCGGGAACCCUCUGUUCCCUAUUCUACUCCCUCAAAUGGAGACAUGGAACCAAGUGGUCGUAUUCACCCUGAAGGCAAUCAAUCGACGAGCGUCCCUACAGCGCGACGGGGAUCUGAAAAAGGACGAGAUGGACGAAGCAAUUGGCGGAAAGGACAUGAUGUCUCGGUGGCUGGCAAUCCAUAACGCUGACCCGACACGGUUAUCGACAAGAGACCUUAUUGUCCACCUAUCGGCAAACGUCUUCGCCGGAUCUGAUACAACUGCAAUUGCCCUGCGCGCAAUUCUCUACUAUCUCAUCUGCCACCCAGACAAAAUGUCAAAAGUGCGAGCGGAGAUCGACAUAGCAGACCGAGAGGGUAAACUCAGUAAUCCGAUCUCCUACCACGAAUCAACUACACAUCUUCCAUACUUUGGGGCGGUUAUGAAAGAGGCAAUGCGCUUGCACCCAUCAGUUGGAGGGAACCUCGAGCGUCAUGUGCCGCCGCAGGGCGUCACUCUUUGCGGCCAACACAUCCCAGGCGGUACAAAGGUUGGUAUCAACCCCUGGGUUGUCCACCGAGAUCCGAUUGUCUUUCCUCGGCCGGACUCCUUCCUCCCGGAGCGAUGGCUGGAAAACCCCCCCGAAAAGCUAAAAGAAAUGGAGAAAGCCUUUCUCAACUUCGGCGCAGGCUCGCGAUCGUGUGUUGGGAAGACAAUCUCUCUGAUGGAAAUGCGGAAAAUUCUGCCUCAGUUGUUGCGCGAAUUCGAUAUUCACUUGCAUCAGAACAGGCCGUGGAAGACAAGAAAUGUAUGGUUUGUGCAACAAGAGGAGUUCAUAUGUGACUUGACACCAAGGAUGCACUCGUGAUAGGCUUUCGUGUGGGCUUUAGCUCGAGCGUUUCGAAUACAUGAUACGAUCUAUCUUGCGCUGAUAGGCUCCUUGCUAAUUUAAUUGUCUUGCAUGAGUGUAAAUGAUAAUGAACAAGAAUUUGGGUCUUGUCAGGCUUCCAGCUUCACAUUCCUGCAAAUCAGUGCAGAUUGAGUCUCAUAUCAUUAAAUAUAACCUCUUCAGUUGGUUCGCUUUGAUGUAACAUAUAGAGGUAGCAUGGCUCUCAGUCAAGGCAUGCAUAAAUAACAUAGGUAACGUAAGCAGCAUAUGG